CGUUGAUUUGUUGGCAACGCUCAUGAAAACGUCGCUGGUCUCCACGCAAACUCCAUCUUCUUCCCGUUGUACUCAAGCAAGACCUACUGAACUGCUGAGACUACAGCUGCCUCAUCCACUUCAAUAAUGGAGCGUGCGUGCAAGCGCAUCAAGCUUGAAGAGGGGGAACCUUUCUCCGCCGAUGAAUUCACAGUCGUCGGUGCGCAUAUCAAAGAAGAGCAGAUUUCCGAGGAGGAAGAAUCUGGGUCAGAGGAAUCAGGCUCUGAAGACUCAGAAGAAUAUCAAUCUUGCGAAUCAGGCGGCGAAGAAGAAUCCAACUCAGAACCCCAAGUCGUCCAGGGUUCUGGUCAUGAUCUCUCAACCUCAGAAGCGAAGGCGGCCUACAACCCACAUUGCAGCGAAUGUCGCAGAUCCUUUCAAAGCAGUGCAGAUAUAGAACGACACACCUCCAAAUGGCAUUAUAACUUCAUAUGUUACGCAUGCGAUGAAGGCUUCCCCUCAGAGUCGCAGCUGCACAGACAUAAAAGCAGCCAUACAAAAACUCCCAUUUGCUGCAUCGGUUGCGAGAAGCGGAUUCACUCAGGAAUGAUGGAUCAUCUGGAGAACGGUCGCUGCGAAUCAGGUUGCAGUCUUCAACUCAUCCAUAGCGUUGUAGCAACCCACUGCAACGGUCUUCACCAAUCGUCAACUCGGAACAUCAAUCUCCGAUGCCCAACCUGCAAGAAAAAGUACAAACGGAUGGGUCCGCUCCUCAAACAUUUCGAGAGCAGAGCAUGUGCUUUACGAGACUGGAUAGAAGAAACAGGUUUGAAAGACUUGCUCAUCGCUCUCAAGGAGCCGAUUGAGAAGAGAAAGGCCUCAACUUUCCGAUGUAACGUUUGCCACAGGAAUUUCGGAAAAGCAGCUGCGCUGAUGCAGCAUCAGAGAGAUAAGCAUGAGCGCACUUACUGCUGUGCUUGCAAGACCAACUUUGGUAGUCCGGCUAAGAAACAAAAGCACGUCAUUUCUGGUAUUUCUUUGAAGCCUGGGAUGUAUAUCUGCGACCACUGUGAUCCCAAAGUCCCCUUUGGAACGGAAAAGGAGUUCUGUGACCAUUUGUGGUUGGAGCACGUGGCGUGUGGUCCCUGUGGGCGAACUUUUAAGAGCGUCGAGCUGAGAAAACAGCACGAUGCAGAGCUUCAUCAUAGAUGUGGUGUUUGCUAUCGGUUCUUCAUUUCGAGCGGGGAACUUACUGAGCACCGUGAAACUCAUGUUGUCAAGCCCCCUGUCGUCGAGCAGCCGGUGCAUGUCCCAGCGCCGGUGAAGCGAGAACCGACUCCGCCACCUCCUAUCCCGGCACCUAUACAAGUGAAGAUAGAAAUGCGCCAGGAAGUUCCCAUCAGCAGGGUUGCUCCUGUGGUGGCGGAAAGAGUCCCUGUGAAGACAGAAGUUAUCCCGGUAACUCGAGUUACACCGACUACAAGACCUGUGAUAUUUGCGCCAUAUCCACCCAGACCAGCACCUGCACAGGUGCCUGAGAAUAAGAAGACCCAGUCGCUGAUUACAGACUUUUUGAUUCGCAAGUCAUAGAAAGCUUGAGCAAACGAUGGGAAGGUCAUGAAGCGAAGCGAUGCGUUACAUUGCAGGAGGAUUCAGAACAUACGGAAGUCUAAGGUUUGGGACAUCAUUCAUGUCACGUAAGAAGAACAUGUAAUACACCUUGCUACAAAAGUUAAUCGUCAGUUCCAUUGCCUGAUGGUGGGACUUCUACCACAACAGUUUUCCCCAAUGCAUCGCACGCAAAACGGAACUUUACAACCGAACAAAUUGAAAACCACAUCAACAGUUUUCAACUAUGAUGGCCCUAGUGCAUAGUACCCC